AUGGUUCUCUCUGUCGCCGUCUCCACCUUCAUUCCUCUCAUCAUCACCAUCGCCUUCUCUCCAACCGCGUCACCUCCUGCUAAUCGCUCGCAUUUCCAACCUCGACCGGUUCGAUUCGGGAUAUGUCCGGUUCGGUGCUGCUUGGCCCGGCCGAGCUUGGACACGACGUCGGUUCCGACCGUGGGUCAGGUGACGGAGGUGAACAAGGACACCUUUUGGCCGCUCGUUAAGGGGGCAGGAUCGAAGGUUGUGGUUCUUGAUAUGUACACUCAAUGGUGUGGCCCUUGUAAGGUUAUUGCUCCUAAAUUUCAAAAGUUGUCUGAGAAAUACCAGGAUGUUGUAUUCAUGAAGCUCGACUGCAAUCAAGAAAACAAGGCUUUGGCAAAAGAGCUGGGUAUCAAGGUCGUUCCGACCUUCAAGAUUCUCAAGGACAGUAAGGUGGUAAAGGAAGUAACGGGGGCCAAAUUUGACGAUCUAGUUUUUGCUAUUGAUACUGUAAAGUCAAGCUCAUAGGCUGGUUCCAUUGCCAUUUUAAUAGGGUUCUGAGUUUCAAGAAAUAUUAAAAUGAUAACCCUAAUAAAGGGAUAUACAAAUAUUUGUAACUGUCAUUUUAUUGUUUUCGGUUAAUAAAUAUAGCACUGUUACCGUCGCAAAA